AUGUUGAAGAGAUAUUGUCAACUGAUCUGGUACCUGGUGAUGUGGUGGUCAUUCCAAGCAAUGGGACCAUCAUGCCAUGCGACGCAGUGCUGGUCAGCGGCACCUGCAUCGUCAAUGAAAGCAUGCUCACAGGUGAGAGUGUUCCUGUGACAAAGACCAACCUCCCUAACCCCGUACCAGGAGAGCGGGAGGGGGCGGACAGUGCCUACAACACAGAGGAGCAUAAGAGACACACACUGUUUUGCGGCACCGACGUCAUCCAAACCCGCUUCUACACAGGAGAACUGGUCAAAGCUGUGGUGGUCCGCACAGGUCAGCAUUAA